CUUGAACAGCAUCUAAUCUAGAUACAAAACUUUUUCUCAACUGCAGGACUAAAAUGUCGGGAGUCGCCGGGUAAUGUGUCUAUUCCCAUCUUGGCGAACAAAUCCGUAUCAUGGGUCAUUACUUUCGUGCUUGUGGUAUCGCAAUUCAACUGUCGCAGGCAUUCGGGACACACCAAUUGAGAUGACAGUUUACUUGCCUUCCCGCCAGCUGCUCUUUCAGUCAGAAGAGUGCUGACACGAGUGUGGCCAGAAUUUUUGGCCACGCCCACAGAAACUGGAGAAAAAAAACCGGAUCCACCUUGUCGUUCCUCUCAUUUUCGAAAGAACAGUGAGACCGUAAAGGACUCUCGGACAAUCGUGUAACAUGCUAGUACUUCACGACCCGACCACGCUCACGCACCGCACGGUGGAGCUGCUCGGUGCGAAGCUCAUUCCAGCACUCGAGUCUCCCGAACGUCUCAAAGCAAUUCUGAACGCCCUAUCUUCGGCAUCCCAGCACCAGGUCGUGCAGUUGUCGCUGAGUGCAGCAGCUGAAGAUGAGCGAUCGACGCUCUACGAACUCAUCAAAAAGUCGCACGAUCAUGGGUACCUGGAACAUCUUCAAUUCUGCCACGAGCAAUGGGUCAAGGAAGGUUUGGUAGGCGAGGAUGAAAGUGUGCUUCCAGAAUGCUUCCGCAUCCCGACGAGACUUCGGAAUCCCAAAGAUGGAAGGCCUCCAAAGGACGUGUUCUCACGUCCCGGUUACUAUUCGUUCGACAUGAGCAGCGGUAUUUGCAAGGAUACUUGGCCAGCUAUACUUGCGAGUGCAAAUCUUGCCUUUCAUGCCAUCAAACACGUGUCGCUAUUGUCGACGCCAUCUUCAAAGUCAAAAACCGUGCUCGCUCUUUGUAGGCCACCUGGUCAUCAUUGCAACACGUACAUGGCUGGUGGCUAUUGUUAUGUGAACAACAUUGUGGUAGCCGUUGACUCUAUACGCAUGAACUGCUGCCCACGGUGCCAAACUGUGCAGAAUGGAGAUUCAGCUAGAGAACAAGGGACUACAGCCACUCUUCCAAUUAGUCAAGUUUCCGGAUUGAAAACUGACGUGGGCGCUUCAUCCAAAUGUUCGCCUCGCAUCGCCGUCCUCGACAUCGAUUUCCACCACGGUAAUGGAACCCAAGAUGCCUUCUACAGCGAUCCGUCCGUGCUUUACCUUAGCAUUCACGGAGAAGAUGAGUAUCCCUACUAUUCAGGAUUCGAGGAUGAGCUUGGUGCAGAUGCCGGCUACGGAUAUACGUGCAAUUUUCCGCUCAGGUCCGGCUCUUCUUUCGAAGAAUACAUGAAGAAGCUGCAUCUUGCCCUCGGCGAGCUUGAAAACUUCAAGCCAGAUUACCUCCUCGUGAGCUUAGGUUUUGACACAUAUCAUUUGGAUCCACUUGGGAACUUCAAGAUCGAGACUCCGGAUUACAGGGUUAUGGCUGAAGCUAUUAGGGGGAAUACCUGCGUAAAAGAAUUACCAUGUGCGAUUUUGCUAGAGGGUGGUUAUGUCGUUGAUCGUCUAGGUGCAAACUUACUUUCCUUUCUCGAGGGUUGGGAAAAUGCGGAGAAAGCCAGUGAAGCAUAGAAAUGGUACACGGUUGACAAAUUCUGCGAUCACAAGCUUGUUCCAAGCGAUAGUUUGAUUUGAUCUUUUUUUUAUAAAAAGAAAAACACCUCAUCGAUGGAUUGAUUCUGAAAAAAUGCAUAUAGAUGGAACAGAACGCCGCAUGUGUACAUAGCGGACCGCCACAUUAUGCCUUGUACAGUGUGUCUAAAAAGUGCUUCACAACCUCUCUAACAAUGGUCUUGUCAGGCAACG